GAUUGCCCAUCAGAUCUUGCCUUUCCCUGGCAGUAAGAUUGUUAUGAAAUCAUUGACUUUCUAUUUGCCUUUGGGGCUGAAAUAAAUCUACUAUCCCGAAAUAACCAACCCGAUCCCAGACAAAUACCAAACGGCUAAGCUCUUCUGCCCUGGGGGUAGCCAUAAAAUCCAGACAAUUUUCCCCCAAGUGUUUUCGGUGGCUCAGCAACAGCUUCUGUAAGGUUCUGUUUUCCCACAGUUCCCCUGUGGGCUUAAGGGGACCAGAAGAGUGAGCUACACUGGCAUUCUGGAAGGGAAGACUGUAUACGUCAAUUGGGCAAAACAAGUUUUGACAUUUUCCCCGAAAUGUAAUCCUCUGUCUACUCACUGCAAGUGCCUGCUGCUCCAGGCCUUACCUGCUGGGCAAUGACGAUGGGGCUGGGAUGGGGACAGAAUAAAGGAGUCGGGACCUGUAGCACCAACUCACAGACCCUGAACGAGCAGCCGAAGUCUCUCCUUCCGGGACAGCAGCUGAGCAGCUUUUCUUAGUAAGUUAGAUGAAUGGGCCAGACCGUCCAAACCCAGACAAAGCUAUUGAGUUUCACAAGGGGACACCUGGGGAAAGCAUGUCCCUGGACUGAAUUGGCUUCUUCAGACAUGACAUUGGGAAAAUCAGUAAGUCAUGCCCUUUCCUUUGAAUUCCUAGCUCCCGUGGUCUUCAGAUUCUGGCACAAGAUGAAAGCGUCUGGUCUUCCCAUCUGCCUUCUCUCUGCUGUGUUUUAUCUCUUCUGGACACCUUCUGCUGGGCUGAAGACACUCCAUUUGGGAAGUUGUGUGAUCACCACAAACCUUCAGGCAAUGCGAAACGGGUUUUCUGAGAUACGGGACAGUGUGCAAGCCAAAGAUGAAAUCAUUGACAUCAGAAUCUUGAGGAAGACUGAGUCUUUGCAAGACACCAAGCCUGCAGAUCAGUGCUGCCUCCUCCGCCAUGUACUGAGACUGUACCUGGACAGGGUUUUCAAAAACUAUCAGACGCCUGACCACCAUAUCCUCCGGAAGACCAGCAGUCUUGCCAACUCUUUUCUUACCAUCAAGAAGGACCUCCGGCUCUGCCAUGCCCACAUGACAUGCCCUUGUGGGGAGGAAGCAGUGGAGAAAUACAGCCAGAUUCUGAGUCACUUCGAAGAGCUUACGCCUCAGGCAGCGGUGGUGAAGGCUUUGGGAGAGCUGGACAUUCUCCUGCAGUGGAUGGAGGAGCUGGCCUAG